GCGCCUGAACAUCAACGGGAAAGUAGAUCCGAUUGCGCGCGCCGGUUGACUCAGUCGGCAUUCAGCAGCGAGCGACACAGACGAUACCAGCGUGACGUGUGCAAUUUCUGUGUAUACUUCUAGAUAUUCUUUUUGUUCGUGUUUCUUCUCCUCUUCUUCACGACUUCUUCUACGACCACAGACAUGCAGACACGGACAGUAUUAUCGUGUGUUCUAGUCCUCGGGCUCAGUCUGGCAGCGUUAGCUCGGGAUGAGAACAGCGUGCAGCCGAGCGUGCAGGACGGCGGUGCGGCUAGCAGCGAAGAACACUUCAACACCAACCUAGCUGAAGAGAUCGCUGAGUCUGAUGAGGAGAUCAGCAUGUCAGGAGCGAAGACUCAGGACUUUGAGGAAGGCUCGGACGCUCUGAUCGCAUGCACGGCCGAGGGCAACCCGAUACCGAUCGUAGAGUGGCAGUGGACGAACAAGGACGAGAACGAUGGCAGGUUCGAGCAGAUGGAUGACGGUCUACUGAUCAGCGGCAUCACGCGCGUGGAUAGCGGUACGUACACGUGUCGAGGCCGCGUCAACGAGGGCAAGAUCAUGGACCUGAAAACACACAUCAUCACCGUCAAUGUCAUGUAUGCUCCGUUGUUCGACGAGGAGGAGCAGGAGGAGGAGAAGAUGUUUGCGUGGGUCGGUAAGACGGUGGAGCUCACUUGCGCGCCGGACUCUCACCCGACCGCUAACUUCACAUGGGAGAGAAACGGCUUUGAGAUGCCCGAGCUGCAGGAUGGAACAUACCUCGUCGAUAAGACAGAUGGCUCCACCGUCGUCGAGGUGACCAUUAAUGAUCAGGAAGACUUCGGUGACUACCGGUGCAUCGCUAGGAACGCUUACGGUGAUGCCUCGCGCAGCUUCAUGAUCGAACAGGCCUUCGUUCCCGGGGAGCCGGACUCUGUAGACAUCAUGGAGGAUGAGGUUACACCGACCAGCGUCAGUCUGCGUGUAGAGGAGCCUUCAGACAGCGGUACACUGUCCGUGGCUGCCUUCACCGUGGAGUGGGUGAAGGACGAUGCGCAGUGGGAGGACGCACAGAAACGCCAGUACGAUCUCGAGGCUCCCAUCAUCGUUGAUGGCCUGCAGGCGGACACGCUCUAUCGCUUCCGUGUCGCAGCUGUAAACCCUGUAGGCAUGGGCGCCUACAGCCGCGAGCUGACACACAAGACGGACGCCAUGCCGGCGACAGACGUGCCACUACACGGACAGAGCGUCGACGACGGCCCUGGCGGCGGCGCGGCGGCCGUGGCAGGCAGCGCCGCCCUGGUGGCAGCGCUCACGUUUGCGCUGCUCGCGUGAGAGUGAGGAGUGGGAGGUGGAGAAGGGGAAUCGAGCGUGGCAUGGGGAGGGGGGGAGGGGAGGGUGGAGGCGGGGGCGUGGGUCCCCUGUGCCGAACACCACAGGUCGUCUUCCUUAAGACGUCUUUCUAGGGGUCGCCACCAGGGCAAGGUGAUGGUGUCACGAUAAAGUGGUGACGACAAGGAUGGGGAUAAUGAUGAUGAUGAUGAUGAUGACGAUGAUGAUGACGAUGACGACGACGACGACGAUAGUGAUGACAACAACGAUGAUGAUGAUGACAUCAUCAACCAACUCUUGGUUAAUGCAAUAGGAAAUUUUUUCUAGGCAUCCCAUAUCCACGUUUGUGCUGCCCUCGCCACCAGGGGGCGUCAGUUAGCGGUCUGUCGCCAAACGAAUCGUCCAGAAACAUCAGGGUUUUCAUAAUAAUGAGAGGCUGACACAUUACUAGCUCUUGGACAAUAGUGUUGGAUGUGAAACGGGGAAUAGCAGUAAGAAAGAGAAUGAGAGCGAGACGAGAGGGGGAAAAUUACGUAGAAGAGAGACAGUGUGAGAGGAGAGGUGUGAGAAGUGAGAGGGGAGGUAAGAGGAAAAGUGAGAAAAACUAAGAGGCGGACAGGAGAUAAAGGAAAAGGAGAAAAGAAGGAGGAAAUCAGAAAAGAAGAAAGGAGAGGAGAGGCAAGGAGAGAAGAGGCAAGGAGAGAAGAGGAUGUAGAAGGGAGAGUGAGGAAGGAGAAGAGUAGGAGUUUAUGAGAGUUGUUUAGGAGAGUAAGGAGUUCAUGCUUAUUUAUUCUGGUAUUGACUUCAUGGUGUAUCCAGCCACGUUGUUAUGAUGCAUACAGGAUGCGGCAGCGGCGGCCAGCAACCACUGGUUCAUUACCAACCACACCCACUCUUUCUCUGUGUCUGCGCGUACUCUCAACUUUACCUGAGGCUGUGCGCGACGCGUACAGUCCCCGCCCGCAUCCAUCCAUCCACCUAGCACUGGUGGAUGGUGGCGCCCUCCAGUGUGGAGGUUUGAAAGUUUUCAUGGCGGUAAUCGUGUAUUCAGGAUGCGUCGUUUCCGGCUUUCACGCAGCCUAGUGGACGGUGUCGCCCUCUGGUGUGAAGAUUUUAAGGUUUUAAUGCGAGUCGCGGAUUCAUGGCGCCGUUGACUUCGGCGUCUGUAUACUAAUGGGGUGCUAGCUUGUUAUAUAAUUAUAUAGCCGUAAACCCUGUGCCAUCAAUGUCGUUGUUCUCUCUGGCCCCUCGACUUGCCAAAACUGUAAAUACUCGCAUGUUGCGCACGCGUUUUCAGUCUUGUCUUCUCUCGCAAUAUGUGUUACAAAAGAAAACUGCACGUUUUUCUACCUCUAGGUUUUAAUCGGAGCGGAAUCAACGAUUUUAUUGCGUGCUCGUGACGUUUGGUGUAGAUGGCGCUCGCAACGCGCAUCUAAAGAUGGCGGGGCGACGUGCGCGCGGUUUUCUUUCUCGCGAGAAACUGUGAGAUUUUUUUUUAUAGAGAAGUGCGGACGAAGUUUGAAGUUCGUAGCAUGACUGUUCUGAUGUUUAUAUCGACGCUGCACUUGCGCCCCCUUGCGAUGUGAUUGCGGUAGCGUCGACUGUUUUCUUGCUCGUGAGCGCGUUUCUGUGUGUUCUGUGCGAUGAGUCUCUCGCUGUACUGAUUGUUUGUAGGUGUGAGAUCGCAGUGGGGUGGCGAACGUGUGAACGUAUACGCUGUUCACCAAGUGUUCGGUGUUACCCGUUGUUCACUGCAUGGUUCAUUGCGUAUUUCAUGUUUGCGUUCACCAUGUGUGUGUGUUCACCAUGCGUGUUCACCAUGCGUGUGUGUUCACCAUGCGUGUUCACCAUGCGUGUGUGUUCACCACGCGUGUGUGUUCAUUAUGUGUAUUCGCUGUGCUUGUUCCAUACGUGUGUUCACUAUGCCUGUUCUACGCCUACGAACUUUACUACGCUUGUGCACUACAGUUGUUCCUCUCGUGUGUUCACCACGUAUGUUCUCUACGUGUCGCCAUGCUUGCUGUUCUCUUUUGACUUCUUCGUCAUAAUAGAUGUCGCUGGUGUUCGCAGUGCUUAGCCUAGCGAGUUCGCGUGCGCCGGCAUCAUCAUCUGUGACCUUUACUCUUCUUUCCUACCUGCGUGCCUCGUGCUACAGUCGGCAUACAUCGUUGCCAGAGGCAGUCGUAUGCCCCGGUGGGCUGUGGUCGACUCCCUGACCGCUGGCCGUGUGGGGUCAUCGAGCGUCUGCUGGGUCACCCCCCAUCGUCUGCUGCAAGCCGCAGCAGGGACGAUGGCUAGUGGGGCUAAUAAAGUUGAUCUCAGUUAUCAGAUCCAAAUUAAGUUCAAAAUAACUUACCCUGACGAGAAAUUUUCGUCCGUCUCUCCGAUAGACUUCCUCAGGAGAUGGACGAAAGUUUCUCGUCAGUGUAAGUUAUUUUGAAGUUAAUUUGGAUCAAACCAAGAGUAGAUAACAAACUUAGUUAAAAAUCUACUCUUAAUAAAGAGUAGAUAAUGUUUUAUUAUCUACUCUUGAUCUAACUGAGAUACACUUUAUUAGCAUGUAACUAUAGAGAUCCGAUGAAAUUAUUCAAUCAUCUGAUGGCUAGUGGUGACUCAUCGUAAUGAAGAGGGGGGGGGCAUUGCCAAAAACAUCAUAAAUAGUCACGAUGUCAUAAAAAUAGUAAACAUAUGUGAACUUUAGUCGUGAAUGUUGCGUGAAGUUUUUGGGGGUUACAAUUCGUAUUCAUGACGUUUCCUGGUGUUUCUGAUGACGUGGCCCUGGUAUCUUUUCUUCGCCGUGAGCGAGAUUUCUUAAAUCUACGUGUGCGAUUGAGUUGACCAAUCGCACGAGAUCGCGUCGCUGUACCUGUCGUUGAUUGGCGCGUCGCGCGCGUGUAAUCACGUGACCGUAAACGUACCGGUAGUGAAAUACUAGCGGGUUGUCUGCGCAAGUCGGUCCUCGCUUGAAUGGUCGCUAGUGGCGCUGUAAGCACGCUGCGGCGAGGCGAAGACUAGUUGGAUUGCGGACGUGUUCUUCCUGUCAUUGUGCGCAUGCCCGUGAAAGCGAUGUACAUUUUAAUGCUCAUGACCGUCAAUCUCGGUUGUAACAUAGUAGUAGCGACAUAGUAUCCGGCCGCAGCCGCUCAGCGGCAGCACCCUCCAUCUGCGGCUGAUUGCCGGCCGCCAUGUUAGUUUUAGUGACGUAGAUUGUAUAGCGUGUUUUCCGUGUACGCGUGUCUGUAUACUUGUGGCAAACCGUGGCGACGUGCGCGCCACCUGCUGGAGGGCGUGGUUCAACGUCGGUACGAUCCCGCCCGUCACCUGCGCAUGCGUGACAGGUACUGUGUAUGUAGUCAUGUACAUGCACUUUGUCAUCCAGCUUCUUCUCAUCAGAUAAUACUUACUUAAUGUGUGCGUUCCCUGCGUAACAUAGUAAUGGUGAUUAUAUACACUGAAAACGUUCCACAUAUUUUUGGCCCUAUUUCACUUCAGAUAAAAUGAAAAUAAUCUGGUAAUCUAACGGAACCUCGGACGUUGAAGAUAUGUGCCGCGCGAGGUCGCCACUGGUGGCUUCUCCUGUGGUGGUGGCGUGGAUGUUCACGUGAUGUGAACUGUGUCGAUUCGAGCACACGCUUUGCUUCUUUUCCAUCUUACAGCGUUGCUACGCUAAACGUAACCUCACAGCGUUACAUUAUCGUAUCUACUUACAGCACCACAUAAUAUGUAUAUGUAUCACUUACAGCUGAGCAUGACAUGUAUGUCUGGUCACACUGUGUGCUGGUCACAGCACGUAGCAUGCUGUGCGGUGCUGUACCUAGAUAUAUAUAUAUAUAUAUAUAUAUAUAGCGUAACGAGACCACGUUGGGUGUAAAGUUCAUAGUAACGGUUUGUAGUUUGAUGUGUGUGUGUGCGAUUGUAUGCGAUGGGACAUUGGUGUAACGUAACAUGUAACGUAACAACAGAAGUGUGUGCUUCUGAAUCUCAAAGAGCGUGCGCGUGUGUAGCGAGCGAGCGCAGAGCCACCUGGAGGGGGGAUUUUAAACGAUUUUACGAUGCGCGAUGUCACGUGGUAUUUUCGAUGACGUAGCUCUUAAUUGUUCACUCUUGAUUCCACGGCGUCGGAUUCUGUGGGAUUUUUUUUAGUUUAAAUGUUUCAGACUUGUAUGCUUUUAGCUUGUAUGCCGACUAUGCAAUGUCAUGGUUGACCCUCAACAUAAAGGGAAAAAUAUAACUAUUAUUUCAAAGA